AUGAAGAAAGGCCGAGUUCUGGUGGAGCCGGCGGCGGCAGUAGCGGAGACGCGGUUCCGCGGCGUGCGGAAGCGGCCUUGGGGGUGGUUCGCGGCCGAGAUCAGGGACCCCUGGAAGAAGGUCAGGGUGUGGCUCGGAACCUUCGACUCGGCCGAGGCUGCCGCUCUGGCCUACGACUCCGCCGCUCGCGCGUUCCGUGGUUCCAAGGCCAAGACCAACUUUCCCCUAGCCGCCGCUGCUGCUGCGUCUCCCACCCCUACUCCUGCAUUCCGCUGCCCUCCCUCCGCUGACCCAACCCUAGGGUUUUGA